GUUGUGCCUAGCGCAUAUUUGGAAGUUCAUGAAGGAUAACGCAUGGCCUUACCAGCCAUAGGAAUACAGAGAACGGCGAAUUUCUUGGAAUUUUGAUUGCCCUUUGAUAGAGCUUACAAUCGUGAGCCGAACCUCCUACGGCACUGAAGUUAUUGGGGAUUCCGAGAUGCAUCAGAACUACGGCAAGGCGUGUCUGAAUAGAAGGUUGGGCAUCUGUACGCCUGUCCAACUCUGUCACGAUGCUGUCAGGUAUGCAGACUUGGAUGGAAAACGCUCUGGCAGUCCUUCACUGGCAUACCGAAAUCGACGGCAUGGAUGUUGAAUUUGUACUAGGUAGCCCACUGAUAAAAGUGCCAUUCACUCUGCCACUCCGUGCACGAAAUUGGACGUGCAUUAGGUACUAGUACUUUCAUGCGCGUCACCAAGGUCGACAAUCCAAGUGAGGUCGGAAGUAGGAUAUUUGGUUAGAAAAACGUACCCUUACGGACUCGCGCAUAGAUCAGCAUGUUGGUCUUCCCUAAUAAUAUGAUCAAUAUCAAGAUUUCAAGCAAAAGUAUGCCCAAGGUAGCAAUAUAAUUCCGUAUUUAAGCAUACAAACCAGUGCUGACUAGUAAGAUACGACAGCACACCGAUGGAGCUAAUAUAAAUUGGAAUGUGCAUGU